AUGUUUGGAGCUGAGAAUAAUCCAAGGUUGAUAUCGUGCAGAUACACAGUUAUGGGGAUAGAUUUACUGCAAAAUCCUGCUGUAGAUUGUCCAAUGAGCAAGUCAAAAAGGAAAAGGAAAAGGAGACAGAGAAAGAAAAUGAUGGAGAGAAAUGCACCAGUAACAGCGAACAAUAUUGAUGAAAGUUCGAAAGUACGGGAUGAAAAAAGAGAAUGUACAUCAGGCAACUGUGAUUCUGGUAAGAAUCCUGCAGAUACAGAUUCUCCUAUGCAAACCCCGGCAGAAUGCCCUACAAUGGCUGCAGGGUCAACAGAAAACCUUUCUGAGGUUGGUGCAAAUCUAGAAAAGAGAACCAAACGUCUCAAGAAAAAGAAGGCAAAGCGAAAGCAUGAGGCUCGAGCCCGAAGUAUCAGCCAGUUCAAGAUGGAUACAGAUAUAGAGCCAACAAAAAAGAUUGCUGAAGGGAAGAUGAAUGAGAAACAAAAAAAUAGACCUAAAAAUGCCAAGAAGGAAGAAAGUCAAGAUGAGGCUAACCAAGCAGAUGAAAUGUCGAAUUUGCACUUAUCUGAAGGAGGCCAUGGAAGAGUUAUUGAUGGGAAGCCAAUUAAAAAUAAAUUCACGGCUCAAAAUUCCAAAGAUGUGGUCGAGGUUUCAUGCGUUGGAGUUUCUUCUGGGUCACUUGAAGAGACUCCUGUAGAUAUUUUGAGUCCCAUGGAGGUAGAAGAGAAAUCCUUUCCUUGUGGAGCUCAACAUAGUUCCAACUCUAAUCGCAUGAAUGUUGAGACACUGAAGUUUGAGAAUAAGAUAAAUGAAGAAAGUAAUGAAAUUGUUGUUACUGAGGAAAAAUGUCUAGCUGGAGGUGGGAGUGUGUUAUCGACUUGCGAUGUUGAGUCCACAACACAUGUUUCUUUCCCUGAUGUGAUGGAUUUUAGACAAUGUCCACAAAUAGCACAGGUUUAUUCUGGUAAGAGAAAGCUUCUUGUCCUUGAUGUCAAUGGACUUCUUGCGGAGAUAUUGUUUCCAGCCCCGAAAAACUGUCGGGGAGACACACAUAUUUUAGGGCGAGCAGUCUUCAAGAGACCCUUCUGUGAUGAUUUUCUGAAGUUUUGUUUUCAGAACUUUGAUGUUGGCAUAUGGUCGUCAAGGUCCAAGAAACUUAUUGAUAGAGUUGUUGAAUAUUUAUUAGGUGAUCUACAAGAAGGGCUGUUGUUUUGUUGGGAUAUGUUUCAUAGCACUCAAACAGGGUUCAAAACUCUUGAAAACCGUCAUAAACCUUUGGUUUGCAAGGAGCUCAGGAAAAUCUGGGAAAGUGAUGGUCCUAAUUUACGUUGGAAAAAGGGACAAUAUAAUGAAACAAACACAUUAUUGUUGGAUGAUUCUCCGUAUAAGGCAUUACUCAAUCCAUUGCACACCGCAAUAUUCCCCAAUUCAUACAGUUACAUGGAUAAGAGUGACAAUUCCUUAGGCCCAGGAGGCGAUCUUCGGGUCUAUUUGGAAGGAUUGUUGGCAUGUGAAAAUGUGCAGAAAUAUGUCGAGCAACAUCCUUUUGGUCAAAGUGCUAUAAACGAAACUAGUUCGUCUUGGGGAUUCUAUUCACAGGUGGUUCUCCAGACAAAGUCAAUCGAGGUGGAAAAUAGCGCUCCCAGUUUUUUGCCUUCUUUGCCGAUUUUGAGUUAGUAAUUUUCAGUGUUCCGUGAGCUCGUCAAGCCUCAUGCAUUUUCUUUUACUGAUUCUUUUUGGUUCUCUUAGGAAUUCUUUUAAUGGAUCUAGUAUACACAGUUCAGAAAGUUCGAGUUGGUGGUUCUCUUAAUCUAAUGAUAGAAUUAAACAGUUCCAUUAUUUAGGAUCAGCGAAUACUUUUGGACACUUACGCAAGAAGAAUAGAUUUUUUCGACUCUUUUUCGAUUAUUAUCUGCAAUGAUAGUUGUGCUUUAUGUUAACACAAAUUUGGAAAACCUCGUUGAGCAUGGUGCGGAUGAAGUGCGGAUGAAAUGUUGGAAUUCCCUCAUUUGUUUGUUUACAGUUGGGAUAUCCAAAUGAUAGUUCGUUAUGUUGUGUUUAUCUUUCUUAGAUUUUUAUAUGAAGUUUGUCUUGAGAUUUUGAUGAAUUUAUCAAAUUGAUUUCUCCAAAAUAGUGUAUCCUUCAAUUUUCAGUAGUUGAUUGUGGGUAGAAAAACAGUUAACUUCCCCCCACAUUGUAAUUGUAUUCAAUUCUGCAAUGCAUCAUUGGUUUU